AUGGCGUCUUCUUCUGCUGCUCUCCAGCUUACGAGGCAAUUGAAUCAACUCCGCAAGCAUCCCGUCGAGGGUUUCUCGGCUGGAUUGGUGGACGACGACAACGUCUUUGAAUGGGAGAUUACGAUCUUUGGCCCUCCCGACACGCUCUACGAAGGCGGCUUCCUCCGAGCCGUCAUGUCCUUCCCACCCGACUUCCCCCUCCGUCCGCCCAAGAUGCGUUUCCUGACGGAGAUGUGGCACCCGAACAUUUACAAGAAUGGAGAGGUGUGCAUCUCGAUUUUGCAUGAGCCGGGGGUCGACCAGUAUGGCUACGAAGACGCGGGGGAGCGGUGGUUGCCUGUGCACACGGUCGAGUCGAUCCUCAUCUCGGUCAUCUCGCUCUUGUCGCAAGACACGCCUGAUAUCAACUCGCCUGCGAACGUCGAUGCAGCGAAAGAGGUCCGCGAAGACAUCGCAGGGUACCGCAAGAAGGUCAGGCGGUUGGUGCGUCGUUCGGCAGAAGAGGGCUUCUGA